AUGCCGGCAGAGGAGUCCAACGUUUCACAGCCCGAGGACUUGUUUCUUCCUAAGCAGGCCAGUGACCUCUCCAGUUCUUCAGCACAAACCAUGCAACCCAAGGAAAGUGACACCCCCAAUUCCUCAACAAAAACUGUCCUGCCCAAGCAUGGUGACACAUCCAGUUCUCCAGGCAAAACCAUCAUGCCUAAAGAGGGUAACACCUUUAACUGCUCAGAAAAAACCAUCCUUCCCAAAGAGAGUAACAUUGCUAAUUCCUCAGAAAAAAACAUCCAGCCCAAGCAAGGUGACAUCUCCAAUUCCCCAACCAAAACUAUCCCACCCAAGCAGGAUGACACCCCCAGGUCCCCAGGAAAAAACAUCCUACCUAAAGAGGGCAACACCCUUAAUUCCUCAGAAAACAACAUUCCAUCCAAGCAGAUCGACACCCCCAAAUUCUCAGCAAAAACAGCCCAGCUCAAGCAGGCUGACACCUCUAAGUCUUCAGCAAAAAUCAUCCUGUCCAAGCAGGGUGACACCUUCAGUUCCUCAGAAAAAAAUAUCCUGCCCAAGAAGGACAACACCCCCAAGCUCUCAGCCCAAAUCAUUUCACACAAGCACGGUGAUGCCUCCAAAUCCUCAGAAGAAACCAUCCAGCCAAAGCAGGGCAACACCCCCAAGUCCUCAGAAAAAGACAUUUCACCCAAGCAGGGUGACAUCUCCAAAUCCCCAGGAAAAACCAUCCAGCCAAAGCAGGGCAACACCCCCAAGUCCUCAGAAAAAGACAUUUCACCCAAGCAGGGUGACACCUCCAAAUCUCCAGAAGAAACCAUCCAGCCAAAGCACGGCAACACCCCCAAGUCCUCAGAAAAAGACAUUUCACCCAAGCAGGGUGACACCUCCAAAUCUCCAGAAGAAACCAUCCAGCCAAAGCAGGGCAACACCCCCAAGUCCUCAGAAAAAGACAUUUCACCCAAGCAGGGUGACACCUCCAAAUCUCCAGAAGAAACCAUCCAGCCAAAGCAGGGCAACACCCCCAAGUCCUCAGAAAAAGACAUUUCACCCAAGCAGGGUGACACCUCCAAAUCUCCAGAAGAAACCAUCCAGCCAAAGCAGGGCAACACCCCCAAGUCCUCAGAAAAAGACAUUUCACCCAAGCAGGGUGACACCUCCAAAUCUCCAGAAGAAACCAUCCAGCCAAAGCAGGGCAACACCCCCAAGUCCUCAGAAAAAGACAUUUCACCCAAGCAGGGUGACACCUCCAAAUCUCCAGAAGAAACCAUCCAGCCAAAGCAGGGCAACACCCCCAAGUCCUCAGAAAAAGACAUUUCACCCAAGCAGGGUGACACCUCCAAAUCUCCAGAAGAAACCAUCCAGCCAAAGCAGGGCAACACCCCCAAGUCCUCAGAAAAAGAUAUUUCACCCAAGCAGGGUGACACCUCCAAAUCUCCAGAAGAAACCAUCCAGCCAAAGCAGGGAAACACCCCCAAGUCCUCAGAAAAAGACAUUUCACCCAAGCAGGGUGACACCUCCAAAUCUCCAGAAGAAACCAUCCAGCCAAAGCAGGGCAACACCCCCAAGUCCUCAGAAAAAGAUAUUUCAUCCAAGAAGGGUGACACCUCCAAAUCUCCAGAAGAAACCAUCCAGCCAAAGCAGGGCAACACCUCCAAGUCCUCAGAAAAAGAUGCUUCACCCAAGCAGGGUGACACCUCCAAAUCUCCAGAGGAAACCAUCCAGCCAAAGCAGGACAACACUCCCAAGUCCUCAGAAGAAGACAUUUCACCCAAGCAGGGUGACAUCUCCAAAUCUCCAGAAGAAACCAUCCAGCCAAAGCAGGACAACACUCCCAAGUCCUCAGAAGAAGACAUUUCACCCAAGCAGGGUGACACCUCCAAAUCUCCAGAAGAAACCACCCAGCCAAAACAGGGCAAAGCCAUCCAGCUCAAGAAGGGUGACACACCCAAGUCUUCAGAAGAAAACAUUCAGCUUAUAGAAGGUGACAUCUCAGCAGAAGAAACAAUGGAGCUCUUGGAGGUCCACAUGGUGAAAGUGAUCCUGAGCAAAGAGCAUUUCGAGUUGACGCUCAGGGAGGCCGGGGAGAGGCUUGUGGCCGUGGAUUUCUCAGCCACGUGGUGUGGGCCUUGCAGGACCAUCAAGCCCCUGUUCUGUUCCCUGUCUGUGAAGCACGAGGAUGUAGUGUUCCUGGAAGUGGAUGUUGAUGAGUGUGAGGAGCUGGUGAAAGACCGUGGGAUCAUUUGUAUCCCAACCUUUCAAUUUUACAAAAAGGAAGAAAAGGUGGGUGAAUUUUGUGGCCCCCUUAAGGAAAAACUCAGAACAAUCAUCGCAGAAUUAAAGUAG